CGCAUUUCACAAAACUCAUAUCAUAUCUCUCUCAGUCUCUUUGUUUAUCUCAUCAGAUCUGAAAUCUGAAAAUCGAAAUCAUCAGAAAAUGUCAGGGCGAGGAAAGGGAGGAAAAGGGUUGGGAAAGGGAGGAGCGAAACGACAUCGUAAGGUGCUUCGAGAUAACAUCCAGGGCAUCACCAAACCGGCCAUCAGGAGGCUCGCAAGGAGAGGGGGAGUGAAGAGAAUCAGCGGGCUGAUUUACGAGGAGACCCGCGGAGUGUUGAAGAUCUUUUUGGAGAAUGUGAUUCGUGAUGCCGUUACUUACACGGAACACGCUCGCAGGAAGACUGUCACCGCCAUGGAUGUCGUUUACGCUUUGAAGAGGCAGGGCAGGACUUUGUACGGUUUCGGAGGUUAAUUAGUAGUGUAAUAGAUCUAUUUGGGCUUUGUGGUUGUAUUGAAUCUGAUUGAGGAUCUGUAAUGAAUGAAUCGAAUGCUUU